GUGUUCAGCUACCCUCCACACACAUCUCUUAAUGCUUAUUUGUUAGGUCAUGAAUUGAGCGAAUGCAUCUUUUCUCUACCAUUUAUUUUAAUUCACUUCUACUUUGUAUGCCUUAGCUGCGUUAUAUGAGUUCAAGUUUGGAAUACUACCUACGCAGCGUAUUAAACAGUCUGCAUGUCAUUUAGUUCCAACAAUUUUUCACAUUUUCCAACUAUGUUAACUACAGCACAAAAUGGAGGUCCAACUACAUAUGUCGCUAUCAACAAUAUGUUUCCUGCUUCACCUUCAUCAAUGCCAAAUACUCCAGGAACAAUUCUAUCUAUGCCAACAAAUCUGAUGCCGUCAACACAAUCUAUGAAUAAUACAACACCAUUUUUAUUAUCAUCUAAUAACUUUUCUACAAAUCCAACAAAUUUAACAUGUACAGUUCCACUAUCAAGUCCACCACAACUUCAAGGUCCUAUGCUACCAUUUUUUGCUCCCACGUCCGGUAAUCUAUUGUCUUCCAAUUCAUCAAAUCUAUCUGUACCAUCACCAUACGGUACACCAAUGUCUCAUUUUCUUCCUUCGGGACAAAGUAAUAAUAAUUCACUGUCAACAUUCGCUUCAACUGUCUCUUCAUCAGGAAAUGUAUCUACAGUGCCUGUGUCAUUAUACCCGUCAAAUAAUCAAUUAUCACUGACUUCAAUGUCAUCAAAUAUUUUGUCAUCUUCUCAACCAAUGGUAUUGCCUACUCUACCUGUCGCAUUUAGUAAUCAUCAAGCUCAGACAAGCUCAGUUGGUGUUCUACCCAUCUCUUUGAGUAUACCUCCUCAAUCCCCUUCGUCAUCAACAUCAGCGUCAUCCUCCUCAUUAUCAAAUAAUCAAAAUACGGAGACAACAAAUUCUUACUUAGUAUCAUCAUCAAAUUAUACAACACCCUUAUACACGGCAACUUUAUAUCCUUUAAGCAAUUCUAAUGCUAUCCUACCAGUGACAACAACAUUUUCUACACUAUCGACAAAUAUAAAUACCACUACGCCUUAUUCAGCACCAAUAUCGACAUCAUUACCGUCGUCAUCAUCAUCAACAACGACACCAGGUGUCAAUAAUGAUUGUCCGAUGGCACCGGUGACGUUUUCUUCCGCCUCCUCUUCUCCUUCUUCUUCUCUAGUGAAAGCAGAAAAACCAUUGUAUACAACAAUACCACUUUCAUCAGGAAAAUUUACUAAUGUCAGAAAUAUACAAGCCUUGGAAGCGGUUGAUUUUCAUCGUGAUGCUAUAUUAGAUGCUAUUGACAAACUACGUGAAAGAAAAGCUCGACCUGAUUUUGAGCGUAUUUCCUGUUUAUUAAAACGUCAUCAAAAUAUUGGCUAUGAACAAACCCAAUUUUGUCUGCAACGAUUAGCCGACGCUGGUGCAGUUGUCUGUGUUGAUUAUAAAGGGAAUUUAAGUUAUAGAAAUCCAUCGAAAUGGCGUAAAACCGCAGCGAUAUCAGGGAUAGGGAAUACAAAUUUACCAAGUGUAUCUGGUAAGUUAAUUGAAGCGAUGCAUCUUCUUAUAGAAAGUAGUAAUAAUUUAUUGAAUCCAUCUACUGGUAAAACAGGCAAUAAUUUAAUACCAUAUUGUCGUCCAGGUCCAAAUGGGGGUUAUAGUUUAUUUCAAGUUGAAAGAGCUUUACUUUUUCUCAAUAAUAAUAACAGUAAGAACAACAACAACAGCAGUAAUGCUGAUGACAAUUGUACAAGUAAUUCCUCAUCAACAUCAUCGCCACCUCCACCAGCAUCGUCGUUGUCAUCACCAGAAUUAACUGGAGCAACACUUCGUGUAUGCCUUGAUCGUGAAGCUACACACGGAAAGUUAGCUAAAACAAUUGAUGGACGUUAUAUUCUCGAUGAAACAGGUGAACGUAAAAGAUUAUAUCGUAAAGCGAAUACAAUUCAUCCAUCUCAGAUGUCAAAUAAAAAAUUGUUACCACCUAAUACUGCGUCGAGUGCAUAUUUAGCCUCUAGCGGAUGUAAAUUAUCGAAAACAAAUUCAAUGAAUGAUCGUAAUUCUUCGGGUAAUACAACUACUUCUACUAAUACUACUUGUGGUACUACGGUUACUACUAUUGCUACUCCUCAUCCUCCUGUUGCUGUUGUUGCCACACCGACACGAUUGCAUCCAUUAGCAGCUAAACAAACGCCUACAUCUAUGACGCCUAAUGGUAAACCUAAUAGUUUGCCAAUUUCAUCAAAUUUUACAAUGCCUCCUUUAACUACUUCAGGUGGUAGACGAGGUCGUCCACCGGGUUCUAAAGCUAAAAAAACUUUAAGUGAUAUCAAUUCAUCUGCAAAAAGACUAAAAGUUGAAAUUCCUGUCAGUACAUAUGGAAAUACACUCAUCAACAUUGGUACCAAUGGGGUUAGUAGCCAUGGUAGUGUUGAUACCACCGGUGUUUUGAAUACAUCCUCUUCCACUUCCUCCUCCUCAUCCUCUUCGUUAUUUAUUCCCAAUACAAAUCCGAGUAAUCUAAUUUCAACAUCAUGUUACACUUCAAACAAUAUCAGCGAUCUAUCAUUUUCUUCAUCAAUCCCAAUUCUACCAUCUAAUUCUUUUAUCACUGUGAUUGCAUCUAACAACAGCAACAAUAAUAAUUGUUCGAAUCUCCUACCUGGUGGUGGAACAACUAUUCUACCAACUCAUUUUUCUACAGCUUCAAGUAUACCCAUUGAUUCAUCUCUUAUGACAGGCAUCUCAUCACCAUUUCUAUCAUUUCCAUUAUCUCAAGGUUUAGCAAUACCAACCAUAUUUUCUAGUACACCAAAUCUAUCAAAUGAUUUUACAAUUACUCCUACUAAUACUAAUACUACUACGACUAAUGUUACUGCUCCACAAUUAAUUCCACCUAUAAAAUCGAAUGGUCUAUCCACGCCUGAUUCAUUCAUCAUAUCAGAUGUAGAUUCAUGUGGAACAAUAGAUAAUAAACAAGACGAGAGAGAUAAUCCUGUCAGUUGUUGUUGUUGCUGUAAUGGUUUGGCAACAUGUGAAGAACCUUUUCUCACCUGUAAGGAUUGUGGCCUUCACGCUCAUCCAACUUGUUUAGAUUAUUGGCCGGAAUUAACAGAACGAGCUCGUCAAUCACCAUGGCAAUGUGCAGAUUGUAAAACAUGUACAGUUUGUAAUAAUAAUGAUAAGUAUAAUGUAAGUAUUGACGAUUUUAUUUUCGAGUUUUUUUCCACUAAGUUACAUGUUUUGUAAAAAUUUUAUGUACUAUGUUCUUUCUUUCCAUUCUUUUGUGUUGUUCCGUGUGGAAUAUAGGAGUAUAAGGUUUUUACAGUCUGAUUAACUAACUGACUGGUUUCAACGUAGAACUUUGCACGGAUAUGCAGCAGUUCCAGUUGUCACACUCCAUAUAGCACACAAAGCAAGAGAAGAGAGAUUCAGAGGAGAGAGGGAGAUAGCAAACAGAAAUAUGAGGCAGAAAGAAUAGUAAUAUGGAAGAACAAUAGAAUUUUAUUGGAUAUGACUGUUAAAUCACAAAGAGUGAAUAGCAUCUACGGCAGUCAUUGAGAACGAGGGUCUUGAGCCGUAGCACUAAUUGUCUCCAGCCUUCAUUGGUUCUUAUCAUCCCGAGGACCCCAACUAACCGGGAAUUCUACACCUCCCUACGUGGUUAGCUUAAACUAACUGUUGUGGAUUUCACUCACUGAUCAGACUAUGUUUUAGCUUAACCACCACUAGCUAACUCUUUUCCAACGUGACCCAUCCUAUGUCAGCUUGUGACAACAGAAGACAAGUGCCAGGCAACAGAUCAUAUAUUUAAGGAAUCAACAAGAUAUUAAUAGAUUUUCAUUUACAUUAUUAUAGAUUAUAGUAAGCAAACAAAGACAGUCUUCUGAUUAGUGGUUUCUCGCUUAACGCUAAUCGUUCAUUUCUUUGUGGCCGUUCCUUGAAGUUCAGAUUAUCUAUCUGCAAAUUGUAUCCGCCUUCCCAAAGUCUGCUGUGAUUGGUUGUUAAAUCAGUCUUUGUUCUUAUUUUUCUCAUGAUCAAUAUUGGGGAUGUAAACAUCGACGUAAAUUACUGUCUACCAAUUUUGGCUAGCAGGCAGCCCUGACCACAAUGUAACAUUGCCUGAUGUCGAGGAAGGCGACAGCUAGGUAGGCAUGUGUAAUACAUGUCGUAACCAUCUCAAUUGUUGUAGCUUCACAAUCUCCUCGAUUGAUUUCCUUUCCUUACCCGACCGAUGCCUCAUCUCAAUAUUGCUCACCUCAUUAUGCCACUGAACACGGGAGAUAGAAUGCAGACACCUAUGAUAAAAGACAACUCACCAGUCUUUUCAUGUCUUCCGCCUUCAAUGGAGGUGUCUAACUCACAGCCAUGAAGGAGGACAGAGAAGACUGCUGAGCAGUAGAGACGUUCUUUAGUCGACUGCUAGCCGGAUAUCAUGUCUACUAAGCCAGAGAUGGCGUAAUUUGGCAUAUUCCAAACGAGCCUUCUAUAUUCGUGUAUGAAGUUUCAGUAGUGGUGUGUUGUGGUGGUGUUGCUGCUUUUUCUUUCACUAGAUGGUGGUGGUGGGGUUACUAGCCUCACACCCUACUCUUCCCAUUUCUCAUCUUACUAUCGGCUAGUAAACUAUGAGGAGGUACAGAAGUGUGUCAAUCAAUAAUCAAACCCCAUACCACAUACAUGUGGUUAGCGAGGAUUCUACCAUUGAUUCACCGACGCACUUAUAUGCUGUACUGUAGAAAUACUUUUUGUUAGGAGAUAUGGACCGUUUCCAUAGAUUAUGUAGACUGGUUAUUGAGUGUGUUAUAAUCGUACUAAUGUUAUAUAUUGUUAGACGGUUGUUGGUAUCGUAAUCGGCAGGAUCUCCUGGACUAAUUAGACUCCGUGCCUGUUGGCACUGGUCAGCAAGGCUUAUCUGUAAAUCUUGGAAGUAACUCAUGCCCCUCCUAUGAUUCAAACCCGGAUUACCCUGUGCAUUGCAGUCAGGGAUGUGACCACUGAGCUUUUCGGGCUGGCGACUGACCGUUUUUUGGCAAGCCACUUGGUGGUAGUAUGAUGGGUCAUAUUGCAAACUUGACUGAUACAAUUCAGUUUACAGAAAACGAAAGUUUAGACGCAUGGUAUCACAGUUACUACCUAGUGUCUCAUCCAAGUAUGCUUGAUAUUAUUAUUAGACAUUAACAUAGAUCAUAAAUAUGAGUGCAGAACUUGGGUACUAGUAGAAUGUAAUUCCAGUUAUUAAAAUUUGAAAUAAACUCACCUAAUAUGAAAUUAACAUAAAUCGUGUAUUUCUAAUAGCUUGCUAAGUAAUAUUUCAUAGGUUUAGUUAUGAUACUAUUAUAUAUGCUAUUUGUUAUUGAUGGGAAAAGUAGUUGUGAGUAAAAUCCUGGUAACAAUUUUUACACUUUUCAUCAUUGUGAUCAAUACUGCGUUGCUACAAUAUGUGAAAUCCUCUUGCAAACAUAAUCAAGCGUAUUAUUGAUCAACGAUCUUUGGAUAAAUGAAUGCUAUUAAGGCAUCUCUGAGUGUGUGUGAUGAAGGAUACUUCAAAAGUAUUGAUUAGUAUAUUUUAUAUACCUAAAGGAAAGAAAGAAAGAAAAUAGAGUGAAACAGUUUCACAAUCACACAAAUACACACUCACUCAUUUGUCUACGUUGGAUAAAAGUGCAGAUGUAAUUUUCAUGUGAUAACUUAGUAUGAAAUAUAUUCCCCAUGACUAUUGAAGGUUGUGAUUCACAAUGAAAUAAGGUAUUUAUAAUCCUCUUGUAAAUUAUCCUCUAUAAUCUACAUCACGAGUUUCAUACAUGUGAGGAAGUAGAUCACAGACCAUUAUAAUGAAUAAUACACCUUUACAAUUAACUCAUUGGAAAUUCUAAACUAUAAAAGUAAGAGGGGUUACACAUUAUCGUUAUCAACAAAUCCUUUCGUGUAAAAUACAUUUACCCACAUACUUUAUUAAAAUAAACUUACUUUUUUGAAUAUAUUUCUCUUUUUUUCCCAUUGAAACUGAACUUCUGAACAAUUGUAAAGAAGCCUCUUCUAUCAUAAAAGGCGGUAGUUGCUAGUUUCAAGGGCAUUAUUGUGUGUUAUGUUAUCCCACUGGGAUGGAUUCUUCUUUCCGUACAUACUAGGUUAUGAUUCAAAUUAAGUUUUUUGGUUGAUUGAUUUUUUGCAUAUGUUUUAAUUUAGCUAAAUCAAUUUAUUUUAUAUGAGGACAGUAUUAUGUCUGUAGUAGUUUCACAAUGAAGAUCAACCAAUAGGAGUCAAGAUGAUGACAAAGUUGUCCUUUAAGACAGUCGAAAUCUUCAAGUAUUGGUUUUUGUAGGGAAUUUUGUUUGAUUGGUUGGAGGAUUUCAUCAUGAGCUGUGACAUCAGCUAGAGAACCAUUGGAAAACAUGCAAGGGGUACUGGACAGCCAACUGUUUUGUCACCCUAGUCUGGGACUCUUCAUUAGCACGCAUCCUCCGCCAGGGUUUGAAACGAGUUCGUAGAUCAUUAGGCCACUGGAACCCGAUCCAGUGACCCAUGAAUUCUGACUUCUGUCAAUUCAUAACAUAGCGAGAUCACUUCGCAAUGUCUUCUUCGGUGAGUUACUGCCUCACCUUCAAUCUGGUGUAGCCUGCUGGUCACGGCUUCCCACUAGAAAUCUGCUAGUAAUCAUUUUACAUCUUUUUUUAAACGAUUUGUCGUAAUAAUAGUAGUUGUAGAGUACUACAGUCUUUGUCAUCCCCAAUGAUUAACAGAAGUUUAAUUCUCAAUAGGACUGUGACUCAGUUUUAACAUAGAACUUUUACGCAGAAAUGCUAAAGUUCACAUGUUGCCACACUUCAUGUAGCACACGAAGGUAGUGAAAAGAGAGAAAGAAAAGGAGGUUCAAAAGCACGAUAACGAGCAGAGUGCGUCAGUGGUACAGUGGUAGGAAUGCUCGCCAACCACGCUCCAGAUGGUUCGCGGUUCGAUCUCCAGCACUCCUUUACCUCACUACGACUGGUGCAGAGGGGAGGUUGGGCGUAAGGAUAGCAAAUCACAUCCCUUGAAAAUAAACACCAGUGCUACCGGAGCUUCAAGCCUCUAGCUCGAACCCCGAUGUUCCAUUGGUAACGUAAAGGAAUAUAAUAAAAUAAUAAUACGCAUAAUUGUACAGAAGAAGAAUAGUUACAUGGAAAAACAUGUGGAUCUAAGAGAUUUUGAGUCACAUGUUGUGCUACCAAGCCGUAUCUCAGCUUAUUAGUUAUUAUCUCACCGAGAACAUGAGUUUCUUUAAGGCUUCAUAUUCAUUUCACUUUUAUAUUUUCACACACUUGAAACGGUAAUUUGAGUGAGGCUUCUCAUUCAAUUAACUUCCAUCGUCUAGUAGUGGUGUAGUGAGGGCUGUCUGCCAACCAAAUUUGUGGACAGCAAUUGACGUCAAUGUUUCCUCCUAAAUCGGGAUCAGGAGGAAAACAACAAGAAAAAAGCCUAACAACCUUAAGGGACUCAACAACCAGUCACAGCAAACUUAGCGUGGGUGGAUACGAUUCGCUGAUAUAUCACCAGACUAUCU